AUGCUGCUUGAAGAAGAUCCCGCAACACUCAUCCAACACACAAUCGGCAACUUCAACAUCCAACCCGACAAACUCGCCCUAACCCGCAUAAACGACUCCCUCUCCUCCCUCCAACAAGCCCGCGACCUACGCACACGCGAAGCAGAAAUCUCACUCCGCAAACUCGCCCGCAACCUCAACACCUUAAACGCACAACACGCCGAAAAUGUCGCCUCGCACGAUCCCGCGCGCCAUGCUGCGUCCAUCGUAGAGCUGGAUACAAAGAAGUUCCGCAUUGCGAAGGCGGCAUCUGAAUUGGAGAUUGAGAGUGAGCGGUUGGAGGGGGAGUUGGAGAUGUUGAAGGCGAGGUUGGCGGAGUUGGAUGAGCAGGGGUUGGAGGGAGAUGAGUUGGCGAGAAGGGAGAGGGAGUUGGAUGAUUCGACUAUUCUGCGUCUCAAAAUCUACCGUUCACUCGGUAUCGACGUCGAAGCUGAUGAGUCGGGCAACUAUAACAAAGCCAUCAUACGGAAUAGUCGCAAGGGGGACGUACACGUUGUCAAUAUCGAUCCCAAAUUCUCGCGGUUUUUCUACGCCAACUACUUCUGGCAAACAAUGCAGGGGUGA